AUGCUUGGCACCGCUGCCGGCCCUGCCACCCGGCUGCUGCGCAGGGGGCUGUGGGCGCUGAUGCUGCUCCUGUCCGUGGCCAUCUAUGGCUCUCACGCCCCUCUGCUCUCCCUCUGCAAGGUGGAUGGGGCCAUCCCCUUCAGCUCCACAGCUGUGGUGGUCCUGGUGGAGCUGACCAAGCUGCUGGUGUCUCUCCUGCUGCUGCUGCUGGCCCGGGAGCAGCCGCUGCCGGCCGUGUCCUGGCGCCACGUCGCUCCCUUCGCCCUCUCCGCCCUGCUCUACGCCGCCAACAACAACCUGGUGGUCCACAUGCAGCUCUUCAUGGACCCCAGCACCUUCCAGGUGCUGAGCAACCUGAAGAUCCUGAGCACUGCUGUGCUCUACAGCCUGCUGCUGCGCCGGAGGCUGAGCAGCCGCCAGUGGCUGGGGCUGCUGCUGCUGCUGGCCGCUGGUGUCAGCUACAGCUGCGGCGGCCUGUGGGGCCCCGGCAGCCCCUCUGGGACGCAGCUGCACAUCACCCUGCAGGGCCUGCUGCUGCUCUCAGCCUACUGCCUGAUCUCAGGCCUGUCUGCUGUCUACACAGAAGCCAUCCUCAAGGCCCAGGCGCUGCCCCUCAGCCUCCAGAACCUCUUCCUCUACUUCUUCGGGGUGCUGCUCAACCUGCUCGGCUACUUCUGGCAGGGGGCGGAGGGAGGCUUCCUGCAGGGCUUCUCCCCCUGGGUGCUGCUGGUUGUGCUCAGCCAGGCCCUGAACGGGCUGCUGAUGUCGGUGGUGAUGAAGCACAGCAGCAACAUCACUAGGCUCUUCGUCAUCUCCUGCUCCAUCCUGGCCAACGCCCUCCUCUCCGUGGCCCUCUUCAGCCUGCAGCUCACUCUGCUCUUCUUCGUGGCCAUGGCCUGCAUCGGCCUCGCCGUGCACCUCUACUAUGGCCUCCCCUAG